UGCUCCCCCUUUUUGCACAGUAACCGGCAGGAAGAUGAGAGCCUCAACACUCUUCAACUUCGCUGCAGCUGUUAGCUUGGCAGUUGCAUGCGACUCGUGCUAUGGACCUUCGUCGGAGGUUAUCCAUGAGCGGCUUGUUCGAAGAAUGCAGCCUGAAGCCCAGGAUACCACUAUUGGCCCAAAGGCUCCCUUGGAAUGGGGUCAAUUGAACUUCAUGCACACGACCGAUACUCAUGGUUGGCUUGAAGGUCAUUUGAAGGAACAGAAUUAUGGAGCCGACUGGGGAGAUUUUGUUUCCUUCUCAACUCACAUGAAGCACAAGGCUGGAAAUCUUGGGGUGGAUUUAUUGCUUGUUGACACCGGUGACCUCCACGAUGGAAACGGACUCAGCGAUGCUGCUCUGCCAAAUGGAGUUUAUUCUAAUCCCAUUUUCGACGAAGUUGACUACGAUCUAUUGACGAUUGGUAACCAUGAACUCUACGUGGCCGAAGUUGCAUAUGAACAGCGAAAAUACGUGACUAGCAAUGUCCAGAUUGUAAACCCCGCAACCAGUCAAUUUGAGUACAUAGGCAAGCAGUAUCGGUAUUUCAAAACAGAACAUGGGCUCCGAAUCAUGGCAUUUGGUGUUCUCUACGACUUCACUGGUAACUCAAACGUAUCAAAAGUGAUCAAGGCAGUGACCUUAGUUCAGCAACAAUGGUUCCUUGAUGCAAUCAAUUAUCCAGAACCCAUCGACUUGUUUCUUGUCAUUGGGCACAACCCAAUCAGAACCACCGAUUUUGCGAGCACCUUUAGCCUGUUGCACAACACUAUCCGUGCUUUACGGCCCAAUGUCCCCAUCCAAGCAUUUGGUGGACAUAGCCACAUCAGAGACUUCCAAGUCUAUGAUGACAUGAGCACUGGUCUUGAAUCUGGCCGCUACUGUGAGACCCUAGGUUGGGUAUCCAUGUCCGGAAUUAAAUCAUCUUCAUACACCGGCGUGAUGAAGCCUCACGGAGUUACAAACCCAAGCCGGCUGGCCAUGAACACAUCCACCACUUUCGACUACCACAGUGGACUCCGAGUCACUGGUGAAAUCACCGAUGCGAGAAAGGAGCUCAACCUGGCAUUACUCUACGGCUGCGCUCCUCAGACCUGGUGCGCCUCAUGUCAACCAUUUGAAUCCUCUGGAAACAUCUUCAGCCUGGUAUCUACGGCUCUUGGCGCAGUUGUCGUCAACUCUUCACGAUCUACCAUCCCUCGUAUUGUGAUCGUCAAUACUGGCAGCAUCCGGUUUGAUCUUGUCAAAGGGCCUUUCACCUUUGAUGAUUCUUUUAUCGUCAGCCCGUUCACAGAUGCAUUCCAGUACAUCAAUGUUCCCUAUGCCCUAGCCAAGAAUGUUUUGAACUCCUUGAAUGGCGCCCCUUUGAACGACAAGCGUAACUCUGCAGGCUCUGACUGGGGAUACGUCAUGCCUCAAGUCAAGGAUUCUUGCAUGGAUCCUAUCAUUGGUUUUAUUACUGAAGAGAAAGGUGAACUCAAGGCCCGAGGCCACACUCGUCGCCAAACCGUCGUAAUCCCAGGUUAUACAACGAAAGACGACUUUGGAACUGAUGGAGAUGAUACGCCGCAUUCCAAGAUUCCAUCGUACUCGCAGCCAAACUACGCCGCAGGAAACGCCUCUUUCCCUACCGAUGGUACAACACCAGCUACCGUCGAUGUGGUCUUCUUGGAUUUCUUCGCAAGCACAGUAGUCAGCGUGUUGAAUAAACUAGGAGGAACAUACACUACCGCAAAUGUGCAAUAUUAUAUGCCGCCAACCUAUACUUCACAGAAUUAUUUACCUGAGUAUGCCAAGAAGUAUUGGCAGGCGAAUGUGCCGAACUGCCCUGUUGGACAAGGAGUGGGGUUUCCGAGCAAAAAUUAGUUGGCCUCGUUUAAGGAUGGGAAUGAGGUAUUGUUACU